GGACCCGGACCCUGGACACCUUGGCUGAUUCCCGCCUUUCCUCCACACAAUGAAGCUCUCUCUCAUCGCCGGACUUGCCAAUGCAGCCAUUGUCGCUGCCUCUGUGCAGCGCCGAGCCUGCGGCAACAACUGCGAUAGGGCGGUAGGAGCAACAAGAUUCGGGUUGGCUACAAGCGCUGCGCGACUGGGUGACUGUAACUCGUACCUCCGCGCCACAGUGACUCUGCCGACCUCAACAGUUCUUGUUACCCAGACAGUGUCUACGACCGUGACGGAAGGCUUCACCCAAACCUUGGCUCCCGUUUCCUUCAAGCGCGACCAGCCAGCAGCCGAUAAGCGCACCAUCACAGCCAAGAGCUCCAAGUCGAUCCCCGCGUAUGCCAGUCCAUGCUCGAACUCUUGCGCAUACAUCAGCGCUUGCUAUUGCGCUGGCGCCACGGCUUCCACCGUGACUGAAGAGGCCAUCACUGUGACCUCGAUCGUCACCAUCACAUCAUCUGUGACGGUCCCGGGCGACAGCCCGCCGUACACGCCCACGGGCGAAGUGGGCACUCCACCGUCGGACUUCACCUUGACAUACACGUACGAUGAGGUGGCCCUGCCCACAUUCGACACCAUGACCACCCCGGUCACGUUCCCACCUGCAACCCCGACUGUGGAGUGCUUGACCGACCCGGCUGACCCCGAUGCCGAAUUUUACCUCCUCGACCAGUCGGCGGGAUAUCUGUUCAACACGGCGGGUAAGGCGGGCCCUCCGGCCGCGCCAAAGACCGAGGCGGAAGCGCUUGCCAUGAGCGACAUGAGCAAGUUCAACCCGCCGCUCUAUAAAUUUGAGAAGCCCGCGAGCGGCCCGGCAGGACUCUUCGACAUUGUCCUUGACGACGGCGCGACGAAGCUAUACCUCGCACUUAACACCAAGGACGGCAACGUGGUCUUCACCACCGGGACUACCAACGGCGCGGUGAAGGACAAGCUCAUCACCACUCUCUUCGGGGUCACGUGUAAGGGCCUGUUGACUGCCCGGCAGGGGGCCACGACCUAUAUCUGGAAGGCCACCCAGGGCGGCUCGACGCUGACUCCGGGCACGUCGGCCAACGACACCGUGAUGCUCCUGCCCAAGGCCGGGAGAACACCGUUGACCGGCUCGGCACAGCGGCGCGGAAAGGCCGAGUCGGGGAAGGCGCCUCGGUGCCGCGGCGCUCCACAAGACGUCAUUGCGCGGCUGAAGCCCAAUGCCCGGGGCAACAACCCCAACGGUUGCGGGCCUGCGAACGGCAUGGAUUUUGUUCCAGACUUCAAUUUCGGGCGGUGCUGCGAUGGCCACGAUAAUUGUUACGACGAUUGUCAGGGACAGAGUACGUUUGAGCAGUGCAACGAUAACUUCCAUUCCUGCAUGCAGGGAAAGUGUCACGAUCUUCUGGGCAGCAUCUGGACAUUUUGGCUCUACCCAGGCUGCAUGGGCAUGGCCGAUGUGUAUGCCUACGUCGUGGGUACGGAUCUGGGCGUAAAGGCGUUCAACACGGCCAACAGCGAGCGGUGCGAAUGCGCGUGCCCCAACACGCAACCGGCAGGCGUGACCCAGAGCCUCUGCACGGUCAACGGUCAAUUGGGAUGCACCCCCACGGGCGGCGACGACAGUCACAACUGCGGCGGAUGCGGGUGGGAGUGCCCGUACAAGACGCACUGCUCGCGCGGCGGGUGCCAGUGCGACAACGACCGGUGCGGGAACCUGUGCCUCAGCCUGCUGACGCACCCGCGCAACUGCGGAGCCUGCGGCAACGUCUGCGCCAGCGGGUACUGCUACAUGGGCACCUGCUUCGACCCGCCGGCCGACUCGGACCAGUGCUACCCGGUCGAGGGCUUCACCAACGGCGACUUCUCAACCCAGGACCUAACCGGCUGGUCGUACACGGCCACCCGGAUCGGCUCUCCGGGCUCAACCUUCGAUAAUCCAUUCGACUUCGUCGGGGUUGGUGCCUUCAUGCAGUUUCCGCUCAAUGUCAACGACUACUAUAACCUCCAGUUCACCACCGUGCUGUGGCAGGACGUCCACGUAUGCCCCGGCACCGCGUACGAGCUCGACUUCACGAGCCUAUACUAUGGCGGCGGGCUCUGCAACAUCAGGGUCAUGCUCGGCAACCGGCAGCUGGCGUACAGGGAUUACCCUAUCAUGGAUGUGCUCCAUCCCAGCCCCCCUGCUCCUUUCGGCCCGUAUCCUGUUGGUCCGUUCAGCGAGGGGGAUCCGGGCACGUCGGCCGGCGACAAGUCGUCUCUUAAGCUCAAGUUCUCGGUCGAGGUGUCGUGCUCGCCGGGUGGAGUUGCCUUUCUGGAUUUCUCCCUCCACGCUGCCUAGCCGGAUUCUGCUCCUGACUUCCCUUCCCUUCCCCCUUGUGACGAUGCACCGUCACUCCAUUCCUAUACCCAGAGGUUCGUCCCCA